AUGGCUACUCUUAUUCUUUUUUCCUUGCUGUGGAUUUUAACCAUCGACACCGUUGUGGCGAGUGGUUGCAUGGAGAUAGAGAGGAAUGCACUCCUCACGUUUAAGGCCGGCUUGGUUGAUCCUCAGAAUUUAUUGUCUUCAUGGGAAGGCGUAGAUUGCUGUAAAUGGAGGGGAGUCGUCUGCAGCAAUAUCACGGGCCAUGUUGUGAAACUCAGCCUCCGAGGCUCGUAUGAUAUAUUAUCCAGGGAAUGGUCAUGUUUGAGUGGUGAGAUCAAUCCAUCUUUACUUCUUUUAAGCAAUUUAGAGCACUUAGAUCUCAGCAUGAACAAUUUCAGCGAAAAUAGCAUCCCACCAUACUUGGGUUCAUUCAAAAACUUGAGAUAUCUCAACCUCUCUUAUUUAAAUUUCGGUGGAACAAUACCCCCUCAAAUUGGAAAUCUCUCAAAACUUCACUAUCUUGAUUUAAGUUUUGACUCCACUUUUUCCGACACUCUUAAAGCAGAUGACAUUUUGUGGCUCACUCGUUUAUCUUCCUUGAAAUAUCUUGAUUUGAGCAUUGUGAAUAUGAAUACUUCUACAGGUUGGUUGCAUGCUGUAAAUAUGCUUCCUUCGUUGAAAGUGCUACAUUUGGUUGACUGUUCACUUCCUGGCAUUUCUACAUCUCUGUCACAUUUCAACCUUACAACUCUCAAGGUGCUUGAUCUUGGAGAUCUUUCCGACAACCAAAUCAAGGGGAGAUUGCCAUUAUUAAUGGACUUUACCAUGCUACGGCACUUGAAUUUGAGCUCAAACCAAUUUGAAGGUCCGCUACCAUCUUUACCACGUAAUCUUCAAUUCAUCGAUCUCUCCAAUAAUUUUUUCACUGGAGUACUUCCUAACGUUGUAUUUAUGGGCUCUACCGUGCUAUGGUACUUGAAUUUGAGCUCAAACAAAUUUGAAGGCCAGCUACCAUCUCUGCCACAUAAUAUUGAAAUGAUUGAUCUCUCCGAUAAUUUUUUCACUGGAGUAGUUCCAAAUGUUGUAUUGCCACAGUUGCAUUCCUUAUUCUUGUCAAAUAAUGACAUUGGUGGUAGUAUACCAUCUGCUCUAUGCGAGUCAACUUUUUUGGAAGUUCUUGAUUUAUCAAACAACAACUUGUCUGGAGAAAUUCCUGAAUGUAUUGGGAAGUCACAAGAGUAUCUUACUAUUAUAGACAUGUCAAAGAAUAAUCUUCUUGGGGGGAUCUCUGUCUCCAUUUGCUCAUCGAAAUAUGUUUCUCUGUUGAAAUUUAGUAGUAAUGGCUUGACUGGAGAAUUUCCAUCAUUGCAAAAUUGCAAAGGUUUAGUUAUCCUUGAUCUUGGAUAUAAUAAGUUUUUUGGAGCAAUACCAUUAUGGAUCGGAGAAAGUUUAACUCAUCUGACAAUUCUCGAUUUACGCUCAAAUAUGUUUUCUGGUAGUAUUCCACAGCAAUUAGCACAACUUGGCUAUCUCCAAAUUUUGGAUCUUUCUAGCAAUAAACUAUCAGGGCAAAUACCACGAUCCUUUGGCAAUUUCAGUUGGAAGGCUUCGAAAGAAGGAAGAUUAAUAGAUAGAAUUGAUAAUAUGAGUUCCAGAGGAUAUGUUAUUAGUCUGUCCUUAGAUGUUAAGGGGGAGGAACGUACAUUUUGGAAAAUACUCUAUCUAGUUGAGAGCAUGGACCUUUCGGCCAACAAUCUAAGUGGAGAGAUCCCGGAUGAGAUUACUGAUCUGCAGACACUACAAUAUUUAAACUUAUCUAGGAAUAAUUUGAUUGGACAUAUUCCAGAAAAAAUUGGCGAAAUGCAAUCACUGGAAUCUCUAGACCUUGCAAUGAAUAAGCUUUUCGGUGAUAUUCCUCAAAGUAUCUCAGCACUAACUUUUCUGAGCCACCUAAAUUUGUCGUAUAAUAAUCUCUCGGGAGUAAUUCCAACAGGAAAUCAGUUGCAAACCCUUGACGAUCCAUCUAUUUACAUCGGUAAUCCGUAUCUCUGCGGGCCACCAAGUGUGAGAAAUUGUUCCUCAAAUGAAAUAAAUUAUAAGGAUAAUGAAGGGCCUAAAGAUAAGUUUGAGUGGCUAUGGAUAUACUUUAGUGUUGUACUGGGAUAUCUAUUUGGUUUUGCAGUCUUUUAUGGUGUUUUGUUGCUCAAUAAUGCUUGGAGGAAGGCUUAUUUCUCUAUGAUUGAUAUUGUAUGUGACAAGCUUUGUAUUGUAACUAAAAUAACUUUGGGUAAAUUAAGACAAAGGCAUGGGAGAUGA